AGAAGUGUCGUGAGUUGUGCUACUGCAUUCGUGAGUGAAUAAUAACUGUUGUGUUUAGUUUUAUUCUGUGUGUAGUUCCUCAAGAGCAAGGGAGAGAAAUAUGAAUCACCCGCAAUGGAAGCCGUUACCAAGGUUGAGGAAACUGCAGCUGUCGACCUAGACGCCUUACUGGACGCUGGGGAGGGCCCCAUGGUGACUCUCGUGGCAGGAGAGACGCGGCUGAUGGCGCGCAGGGCCGUCCUGGCAGCGAGGAGCCCCGUAUUCAGCGCAAUGUUCAGCCACGACACGCUGGAGUCCAGCAGCAAUGAGGUCACCAUAACAGACGUGGAGGGUCCGGUGCUAAGAGAGCUACUGGCCUACUGCCACACACUGAGGACUCCACAUCCGUCCAGCAUGACUCCCCAAGUUCUGGCAGCAGCAGACAAAUACGAUUUGUCGGGAUUGAAGACAGAGUGUGAGCAGCAGCUGGCUUCUCUGCUGACUGUAGAGUCAGCGGCGGCCACAGCAGUGCUCGCUGUCAGGCACACAUGCCCCAGCCUCACGAAAGCCGCCGUCGCCUUCAUAAAGGCCAACUUCCAGGUGCUGGCCACUCAGGGUUGGGCCGAUGCUGUGCACAACCAGCCCAAGGAUGUGGUCGAAGUGUGUCGGCUACUCGGGCAGCCACCGAUAAAAAUCAGGUAUCUGUCCACUGGCAUCUCCUUUCAUGCAUUAGCAUCGUCAUUCCGAUUAGGAGUGUCCACCGUAUCAGUGGUGGUGAAAGACGAACUAAAGUCUCUCGGAAGACAAGUUGUAGUCCUGUGUAAAAUAAAGGCUCAUAACUUCUCUUGA